UCACACUAUUUUGGGGCCAGCUGUUCGCGCAUGCAUGUGUGUGGGUGAGGAUUUAUUCAAGAUAAAUGAAAAUCGGCAGUUUCGGGGGAUAUACGAUUUUACAUAAGUUGGUCAUGUCAGCACAAACAUAGAACCACAGAUCGAGAUCGAUCGGAUUGGAUUGGAUCCACCUCGCCUCUUCCCGCAUCUCCGAAAAUCGGAAGAAGAAUAAAGAAGAAGACGACUGUGAGUGUGUGAAUGUUCAUGCGUGUGUGUGUGUGUAUAAAAAACCAGCAACUGAAAAUAUAACCAAAAAUAAAACCCAGGCGCACAGUUGCAGGCGAGGAUUCCCACUCCCGUUACCAUUCCUCCAGGUGGAGCAGUCCGUGAGAUCCCGACGCUUUUGCGCAUUUCCGGAGGUUUAGGCCAGGAUGGCGGAUGCCCAGGCAGCGGCGGCCGGAAAGAAAAAGUUCAAGAAGAAGGCGACGGAAAAGAAUCCCAAUCCCAAUCCGAAUCCCAGUGGUGUAGUGGCUGAGGCAAUCAGCAAUGGACAUGCCCAACCGGAGGUGGAGGAACUGAAGGGUCUGCUCAAGCAGUUGCACCUUUGCAAUGGCCAUGGCCCCAAGGAGCAGGCUCCUCCUCCGUCAUUGGAGGUGCCUAAUGGCCAUGCCCAUGGCCACAGCAACAACAAUCACAUUAGGAGCACUAGCGGCAGCAACAACAACAGCAGCAGUCACAACAACAACAGCGUGGACAACAGCAACAACAACAGCAGCAGCAGCAAGCUGGAAGGAGAAGGAGCGGGUGCAGCAGAUGCCCUCCAUCUGGAUCCAAAAGAGGAGGAGGGAGAGAAAAAGUCCAUAAUAGCCACAAACAAAACCACUGCCAAAACACAACCAACAACCACAGUAGUGGAAAAGGAAGUGGAAGUGGCGACGGGGAGUGGCAAAAGCCAGGACGGGGAGGAGGAGCCGCAGCCCCUGCCUUCCACCUCAGUGGAGGUCACGCCCACCAUCACAGCAGAGCCCCAGCUGCCAGAACCUGCCAUUUCAGCCGACGAGAUCGUGUACAAGGAAUACGAGGCCGAGCACCAAAUGCAUGACAUCAUGCGACUGAUUCAGGCGGAGCUGUCGGAGCCCUACUCGAUAUACACGUACCGUUACUUCAUCUACAACUGGCCAAAACUCUGCUUCCUCGCCUCGCACGAUAAUCAGUACGUGGGCGCCAUCGUGUGCAAGCUGGACAUGCACAUGAACGUGCGGCGCGGCUACAUCGCCAUGCUGGCCGUGCGGAAGGAGUAUCGCAAGCUGAAGAUCGGCACCACACUGGUCAGCAAGGCCAUAGAGGCCAUGCUGGCGGACAAUGCCGAUGAGGUGGUACUGGAGACGGAGAUGCGAAACGAACCGGCUUUGCGGCUUUACGAGAACUUGGGCUUUGUGCGUGAUAAGCGGCUGUUCCGCUACUAUCUCAAUGGAGUGGACGCGCUGCGACUGAAGCUCUGGUUCAGAUGAGUGGAUCCGGCGGCUGCCGUUGAAAUUGUUGUCUAAGUAGCCGCCGAACAUGUCGAGCUCCGCACUGCACUGCGGAGGAGCAGGGCGCACCCCCGCUGGCAGCUUGUUUCGGCGCCCUAUUUUUGUACCUAUUAACUAGGAAGCAUCGUAGCAUCAGUUUUUCCCCGCCUCAGCUCACCCCACCCCAUUGUCUCUCUUUCAUUGUAAAUUAUUUUAUUAUGUAGCAGCAGCAGCAAAACCAACACCGGCAAAAGCUCAGAGCCGAUCAGUUUAGCAGGAGCAGAACAGCACUCAACGGACAGAAAAUUUAAUUAAUUUUACAGAAGGAAAUUUUGUAUGCAAUACGUGAUUUACAUGCAUAAAAUUAAACAUUAAAAUCUUAAGCGAGCAAUUAGUUAUGUACAUUAAACAAUCUUCAAAAAUCAAUCUAGCGAAUAGACAACAACAACAUGCGCAGCAUACGCUCAUUGACACACAUUUACAAAGCUAUAAACAUAGAAUCAAAUUUUGUAAAGAGAUUGAUCAAAAGCGAGGAUCACGCAAACGGAAUCGUACGAAUUACACAAGUAAUGUAUGUAUAUCAAAAUAAACACAAUUGGAACAAAGAGCAAAGAAUAGAAACACACUCGCGUUAUAAACAUAGGUCUAUCUGCAUAGGAUAAAAAGCGGUCCGUGCGCAUAAAUCAAUUCGCCAUCUUGUCUUUUAUACCUUCUCUGUGCUCUCCAGUGUUGUUAUCGCCUGAGAUCAGGACACAAGUACAGAUACAUAUAGCAUUAAGGAUGAUGAUGUGGUGAAUCCCGAGUAACAUUGAAAGAAUGCAAUAAAAACUUCAACAAUUAAGAAAA